CAGUCAUUCUGAGGCCAGUGUAUACACAGAUCUGUCUCUUAACACACACAAGUGAGAUGUCGCUCAGUAGGCCUACAUAUCGGUGUCUCCAGGUUGUCAUUUUUGCUGUAUUAUCCCCAGUGGCGCUCUGCUACAAGGAAGGGGAUAUCGUUCUCCUUGGAGGAAGCCGGCCUUCUCAGGGGACAGUCUCUAUUUACUGGAAGGGCAGGUGGGGCACGUUGUGUGACGAAGGCUGGGACCAAGAUAAGACCGCCACAGUGUGUCAGCAACUCGGCUUCAAUUGGACAAAUGCACUUCCAGCCACAAAUGGCUUCUUUGGACGAAGCAAGAAUAUGAAGCCACAUAAAGUUUAUUUCUACUGCCCUCGAGUGAAGACAAAACUAAAGUACUGUAGAAAAUCCUACAGGCACCAGGAAUGUGAUGGAGACAACGUGGCAGGAUUGGAUUGUGAGCCAGACUUAGAAUACAACGAAACUGCUAUACAAGUUCGUCUGGUAAACGCCAUCACCCCGAAUGCCGGGGCUAUUGAAAUCCUGUACCAGGGGACUUGGGGUGCAGUGUGUGACUCAUCAUUUCACCCAAACUACUGGGGCCAUAGUGCCGCGCAAUGGGCCUGCAAGAAACUCGGAUUCUCGGGAGAGGGCACCCCGAUGUCAUUGCCUCUGACGAAUAUGUUUCCACUAGGGGAGAGAAAAGUCUGGCACGAGUUCGUCGCCUGCCAGGACGAAUUCACAUCUUUUUCACAAUGUAUAAAAAGGCCAUGGGGAAACGCCAUAUGCAAGGACAAGAGGAUGGUCGGGGUAAUAUGUGAUCCAGAGGAGGCCUCGUAUAACUUGACUGUGUUCAAGUCGUCGGAGCUACAGUUCCGUUUGGUGAACGGGCCUGAUGAGCGUACAGGUCGUGUCGAACUGUACAUAUAUGGUAUCUGGGGAUCUAUCGAAGCACUCGGCACUUACAGCUCCCAACUAAUAUGUAGAAAAUUGGGUUAUCCUUGGGGAGGGGUGUACCACCCAAAGAACACAAGCCUUGAACUGGACUCGUGGGAUUUUGAUGGAUACCUCUGGUCCGCUGAUAUCGACUGUAAGGGGCAGGCAACUCGAUUUGAAGACUGUUUAAUGAGCAUGUGGGACAGAAAAUAUGUCUGGAAUACAAACCGAGCCUGGGUACGAUGUCUCACAUCACCACACGCCGCACCACCUGUGGUUGCUACGACGUCGACCGAUCUCAAGGAGGGUGAACGCAUUGAAUUAACAUGUGCCUCAGGGAAGGGUAAUAUGGAAGUACCACCCGACCUGUAUUGGCGGUGCAAGGUCCAAUCGUGUGAACAAUGCGAAUCUCAUCAGCAAGUUGUCAUCGGGGAUACGGCGUUUAGAAACCGCACCAUUGUGGCUGACAAGUACCUAAAUGGACAGCUGUGCAGGUGUAGUGCCCACCACAAUUCCGGCUGGAUGCUAGAUAGCUACCUCAACUUCACUGUUGCCUACACCCCAACAAAGCCGGAAGUGACCUUGUCGUCCCCUGUCCGUGAGAAAUAUCCGGCUACCGUCACCUGUAAUGUGACCCAGAUCAAUCCCCUGCCAAAAAUAUACUGGUACCAAGGAUCAGAUUUGCUCACCAACAUCAAUACAACAUCCAAUAUCACAAGGGAUUAUACUGGAGGGUUCAAUGUGAUCGAGAAGUACACAUUCACCGCCAAACGAUGGCACUCGGGGAAGCGUAUCUCGUGUGUAGUUUACAACCAGAGGGAUGGGAAAAUCAUUCGCAAAGGAGUCGUACCCGAUGUUCAUUUCUCGCCAAUCCUAGAAGUGAAGGUACGUCCGGAAAAUGUUACAGUUGGUGGGAAAGUGGAGUUCACCUGUACAGUCCAGGCAAAUCCAGGAACUGAAGCGUUUUGGAGAAGAGAUACAGGGGAUAUAGUGUCCCCGCUUUCAAAUUUCACACUAACGGAUGUCAGACCCUCAGACUCAGGGACAUACGUGUGCAUUGCUAAUGGGAAGUACUUCGAGACCAGUAAGGCAUUCGCCAAAAUUCAUGUAACAGAUGGGUAGAAUACAUACGACGAAAAAGGAAAGUAAGAAUAUUAUUGGUAUUUUUUGGCUAGAGAAGUUUAUAGGCAUAUUUAACACGCCCGUACUUGUAAGCACCAAUGGCCCGUUCUACAAAGAUGUCAUUUACCACUACGACGUAUCUCAUCACUCAUCGACCAUCAUGUCAUUAUGUACAGGCUUGUAGUUAGUUUCAGGGAAAUUAAGUAGUUGGUUUACUGAAGUAAGUAGAACACACAUUGUUUAUAACUAAAACACAACUUCAUAUUUUAAUGUCGACGUUUCGAUGUGUGUCUAAUGUGGUCGACCACACCAAGAGGCUCUUACUGGAAAUUAUGGAAAAAAUAAAAUGGCAACCUACUACUUGAUUACACAUACAGAAAGACACUUGCUUUUUCUGAUGUGAUUUAUUCCAGUUUUCUGCAUGUUAUUUUCAAUGUAUAGUGAUGCAUUCCUUUAAUUACAGAUUUAAUUAAAGUAAAAUUUGUUUUCGUAUGCAGUUAAUGAAAUGGAAUUCUUUAAUAAAUGAUUCUGCGCAAUGUUUCAGAUACUCUAUAAAGAGAUCAAUAUUUCCAGUCA